CGGCUCCUUGUGGUUACCCUCCUGCUCUUCCUUCAUCAUCGUCAUCACCCCUCUCCUCCGCGACCCGCCGAGAGUCGUCCUAACGCGCCGCGCCCCAUCGAGCAGUUUUUCUUACCAUCUCCGCUUUUCCCCCGUCGGACCCGCCUAGGACGGGCAAUGCCCCCGCACAUGCGGUACGCGCGCGGCGUCUGCGCCACCUGCCGCCAGCUCGUGUGGCUGAGCGAGGCGGCGCCCGCCCCGGACGGCGAGGGCGGGGCGCCGAAGGACGCAUCCUCGUCCUCCUCGUGCAGGCGCUGCCGGCUGAACCUGAGCCUCCCAGCCCGCACUUGCGGCAUCUGCCUCGAAUUGAUGACCGACCCGUUCCGCUACGUGAACGUGCGCAACGAGAGUUGGGACAACAACGGGUGCGGUCACGCUUUCUGCCGCGAUUGCCUGCGCGCUUACGUGCGCUCGAAGCUCUCCGACGCCGCGUGGAGCAUCCGCUGUCCCGCCGAGCGCUGUUCCUACCGGCUCCUCGACAAGGACUUGGUCAGGCUGCUGCUGGGCGCCUUCGUGGAGCCGCCGCCCCAGCAGGCGCCCGAGCACGGCCCCCCGCGGCCGCCGACCGAGGGCCAGGCGCUGCUGGAGAGGUACCGCGCCCUGCGCUCCGCGGACCACGGCGCGCACCUCCGCGAGGUGCUCCGCCGGCUCGGAGGGGCCGCGGCCGCCGGAGCGGCGGCCGGUGCGGGCGGCGCGGGGGCGCCGGCGGAGGCCGCCGCCAGCGAGGGGCCCGCCGACGGCGGCUUCGGGCUGUGGGCCGCGGAGGCCUGCCAGGCGUGCCCGAAGUGCUUGAUCAUCGUCCGCAAGGAUCGAGGUCGGCUGUGACCACAUGCACUGCCGCUGCGGCGCGGACUUCUGCUACGGCUGCGGCGCGCCCUACGACCAGCGGCCGAUCUCCUGCUUGUGCGGGGCGGGGCCGCCGCAGGCUGGCGCCCCGCGGCUGGCGCGGUGGCUGCAGGCGCACGGCGGGCUCGGCAGGCCCUGAGUUCGAGCAGUGGCGAGGCGUCCUGGAUUAGCGAUCGUUCUUCUUCAUUGUUGUAGAUCGAAAUCUUCCGUGUUUUUGUCGCCUGGUUCAGGCAGAUGGGGUCUCCCCCAUGGGACGCGCUGGUGCAAACAGUCGCACCAGGCAGAGGUCCAGAGCCAGCCCCCCCCCCCCUACACACAUCCCCUCCCGCCCAAGG